AUGUCUUCCUCUUCCUCCUCCACUUCAUCAGCUGUCUCCUCCCAAUCCUCUUCCUCGAGUGAAUUGGAGCCGGAGGUCAAUCAGAUGGCCAUCUAUGAUGCUCUCGCGCCCGGGUAUUGGGACGCGGGAGAAUGGGACUUCGCCAUCGAGUCGGAGGACGACAAGCCCCGCACCGUUGGGGAAGAAGACCUCCGGUUCCUCGUCGAUGGGGAGCUGGAAUCGUCGUGCGAGGACGACCUCCUCUCUUGGGAAGCGGACCCCUCCUCCGAUGAGGAGGAAGAAGAGGCGGAAGAGCCUGAGGAUGAAGACUCCUCCUCCGCCGGGUACCCGCCGGCCAAGCGCCUCCGAGGUUGGGCCUGGUCCGAUGAUGACGACCACGACGACAACGACGAGGAAGAUGAAGACGCUACCGGCGGCUUCAUCAGCGACGAAGAACCCGCCGGUAGCAGCACCGACGGCGGCGACGACGAGGGCAGUGACGGCCCUUAG